UUGGUAUAGCAUACAAGUAGAGUCACGAGUCUGCCGGAACUUAUGGGUUUCUGCGUCAAACUGUUUUGGCGGGUAAUUCAUGACUUAACCGUGUACGUGUCGGCGUCAUAGUUGCAUUUGGAGAUGCCGCCCGCCUCAUACUCCCUCCCACCUACGCCAUCGUACCACCUCUUAAAUCUACAAGCUCGUAGAUGACCGCUCCAUAGAUCGUAAACGUUGCACUCAUAACACGCUGAGUGGGUCUAGCUAACUGUCACUACUCGACGUUGAAACCCUUCACUGUGAGAGUCUGGUGUACGGUACUAUCUUACAGGUGUUCAGUGGGCAUAAUAUGCGGACAUGAUUACAACGUGUACGGUCGAGUACAACAAGUGAUGAGCAUUUUCCCGCGGUUUUAACGUCUCCAUGUAGUAGAACUUAACAAAAGUGAUUGAAUUAACUCAUCAGACAGGCACUACCAAAGUUUACGCGAACUUGUGGGUUCAACUAAAGAAACAAUAACAAUUUACAUAAUGCAUAUUCAGGCAAUGACGUCUUUCGUUGUCGCUUUCAUAUUGGUUAGUUUGACUUCGGGGAGUUUCAGCUGGCAAACAACAGAUGAGGAAAACUAUGACGUCAAGAUGGUUGGUUACCCGAACCUAUUCCACCACCCUUCUGCACUCGACGUGCCCAUAACGUCAGAAGAAGUCGAGGAACUAGACAAUCGCAUACCGUUACAGCGAUUGGCUUUACGUCUACUCGAGGCUAACAAAGAGGGCGCUGCAUUUCGACGAGAUACCAGGAAUCCCCACUACUUUCCAAGUAAACCAACAUGUCACGGUAACUCAUGUAACCAACGAGGAUGGAAACGUAGUCUGGCCCCCACUGGCGGCAAUGGUGAGGAGUUUCGAAGGGAUCUUCGGCAACGCUAUUCCCCGCGUAAACCAACAUGCCAGGGUAACACGUGUAACCAAAGAGGAUGGAAGCGCAGCUGGGCCACUAAGUAAACAAACUCUUGGUUUUCUAGUUAAACUCUGGAACUUUAUUGCGUGUGUUUGGACGGUUUUCAUGUUUGACAAUUCAGUGCUUUUAAGCAACAAAGCUGCACAAAAAGUAUACAUUACACUUACAGUGAUGGGAUUCGGUGUUCAAAAUUACGUCACCUCACCUUUAACAAUAUAGGUUUUACAUCUUAUUACAAUAAUGAAACAUAAACAGCAGUAGACGGCAUGGGAUUUGACGUCACACUUCUAUACCACAACGUUCCAUGUGCCUCUUCUGUGCUUAAAUUCAAAUUGAGAAAAGAAGAAAACAAUAUAAAGUACAAGUUAAUUUCUAUCCUGUGGCACUGGCUAAAGAGCUGAAAUAAUAUAAGUUAUUGUCUCGUAUUUAAGUUGAAUUAAUUCAGUAGAAGCCGUUUUGUUUUCUAUAAGUCGCUAAUUCAAUGCACAAUUAUAGUAUGGUAUACGGUGGUGCCAAUAAUGUUUGACAUGCUUUAACGGGAUCUUGAAAGUAACGAUACAGGGUUGAGCGUUGAGACUUAGUUUUAGUAAACAAUAGACGUUCAAAAACCUGGUUACUUUAUUACAAGGAAAACAAUGAAGUAAUGCACGAGCAGUCGCCGUAGUAACGCUAUUUUGCUAGAGUUUAUCUCUCGAUACCAAGAUGCCUUAAACAAGACAACUAGCUAAACAUAUUAGAAUGAGUCUGGAUACUAGACGUCAAUUAAUAAUCCGCCUCAUUAUGAAAACACAUUGCUGUUAUCAAGAUACAAAGCAGUUCCUCAUCUUGGAUACGAAGUUGUCAAAGAAUGUUCCGUAUAAUGUUCCCAACUUACCAUCAAUAAAAUUGUUUGAGCAUAUUAUAGCUCUUUGGUUUAUUUUAAGAACGUCAUAACCAAAGUCAAAUAGACUUCAAAUUUCUUCAUUUGCAGCACACAAUAGGCCUAUUUAUAAAUAGCUCAAAAACGUAGUUAAUUUUGUUUUGUUUAUGAUGCUGAAUAGGCAAACUCUCUAUAUAUUAUCAGUGUAUUUAUUAAACAGAAUGGUAUGAUAGGCAGUUAACGCAAAGAUAACUGCCUAUUAACAGAGAGUGGAUAUUUACAAAUUGUCGGCCGAAGGGCAUUUGUGCCAUGAACAAAUGAUAAUCAUGGACUUGCACUUUAUGUAUAUGGAUGGAGGAAAGUUAAUCACUCUUUUUUUUCAAAAAGGAAUUUCCUUUUUUUCCCCAGCAAUUAACAGUUCUGUUUUCUCUUAAUCAAUCAUUGUCCUACAGGGCAAUAAAGGUUCUGUCAAAACUGCCAUCGGAUUGAUGGUUAAUUACAUUAAUGACAUCGCCAAUAGUUUGGGGAAUUGUGUGUACAUUUUAAGCUGAUUUAAUUCACACUGCAAUGGUUAUGUGUUUUCUUGCCAACUUUUUGAACGAGUGCAGUAAAACCAGCAGCUUUUGAACAAAUUUGUCAACAAGUUUGACGAGUUUUUAACAGACUCUUGCAGAGGUCUGGUUACUUAGGGAGUGUUUUCUUAAUGUUCAUUGUACAGACAUAAUAUUUCUGAUAUUUAAUGUAAAACGACGCAGGGGAGCACUUUGAGAAUGUGACUCCUUGAUGUGGGUUGUGUCCUAGACGAACCUCAUCAAUAGAUGAUCGAACAUAAUAUUAGUGUUAUUCAAUUGUAAGUACCACUCACUAAACUCCAUACGUUUACUGCCAUAUCUCGCGUUAGACAAUCGGGUAAAACCAGUUUUGACUUUACCUCCGUUUCACAUAAACUUGUUCCUUUUAUUUGAACAGUGAAUUGACACAUGUAGAAAAUAGCACUCACAUAAUUUUAGGUUAUUUUAUUGUCCGUUGAUCAUUAACAAAGAUGUGAUGUAAUAUUUUAUUCGGGAAGUUGCAUAUUAAAAACGAAUUAUCGAAGACUC